AUGAGUGAACGUAGAGUUGAAGCCAAUUUAGCUUUUAUUAAACCAAAUUUUUCAUUCUUAUCUUCGGCUCUAAUAUCUCUCGAAGAAAAGGGGAAAUCUCUAUCAAGUUCAUUUGCCAUAGUAAACGUCGUUUCGGAAAAAUUAUCAAUUGCAGCUUCAUCUCCUCAAGGUAAAUCAACAUACACAAAAUUUCAAAAAUUAAAGUUUUAUAAAGUAUUAUCCAAAAUUUCUAAAAUAAUAGAUGGCAAAACAGAUUCGUUUGAUGGACUUCCUGAAGCUAUAGAAACUAUCGACAUUGUUAACUUUAAGUACGCACUGGCCAACUCUGUAGUCGUAGAUCGUUCAUUUUCAGCUUACAAAAACAUACUGUCGGAUCGUCGAAGAUCUUUCAAAUUUGAAAAUAUAUCCAAAAUCAUUGUUAUACAGUGUAAUCUUAAUAUUUAA